UAAAGAAAACACUCCUCCCAUUCGUAAUUGUAAUACAUUUUAUUUCUUUUAUAAAAAUAGAAAAUGGGCACGGUGCAGUGUAUACGAACGCGGCGCGAUUUGAAAUAUUCGUAACUAAGAGACAUGAUGUGCAAUUUGAAUGUUGUUGAUGUAUUCAUAGAAACGUACAGUAAUGUAUUCAUGGAAAAUGCAAUGGUUUACACUGGAUGGAAUGUUAUCAGCGACUUUAUUAGGUAGACGAUAUUAUUUGCUGAUUCCUGCGGAGAUCGAAAAUAGCGCUCGUAACAAUCUCCCAAGGUCCUCUUUCAUUUGACUUCAAGGUCGGAACCUCGCGAUGUAAGCUGCGUGGUGGAACAGUUAAGUUUUUCCGCGGGCGCAUACAUCGUUAUCGUCAGGUAUCAUAAUAGUAUGUACACAACGCGCGUGACGUACGUCGCACGCGGCCGUGGAUUACUUAUCAAUGGGCGGCCGCGUGUUUGUCCUCCGUUCGGAGUCAGCGCGUGUGUUAAUGCGCUGCGUAUAAGGCGCCGUUUUCCGUGUCGCGAUUUCAGUUACAGUCGAACGGAGUCGGCGACCGAAGGAAUUUCGCGUGGUCCGGAGACUUGGCAAGAAGAGGAGCGACGACUAUACGGCGCGACUGCUACGUGGGAGGACGCGCUGUUUUGCUGCAGCAUUUGAUUGCCCCGAAGCGUGUUUGUCGCUGCUUAUUGUUUCAGUGCAUAUCUUAUCAACGGGAAGGUCGAGGACGUCGCGUUCCGGUCCGGUUAUCGGAUGUGAUGCACGCAUUUGGCAGCUACGGAAACGACAGCGGUAGCAUUAUCUGUGCUGGAGACAGCGGUUGAGAACUCGAGCGAUCUGGCAGGUGAGAGGGUAUAUUGUAUGAGCAGGGGAGACUGCCGGUGAUGGACAAUGAGCAACCGCACCAGGAACUGGUCAAGUGCGUGGUCGUGGGUGACACGGCAGUCGGAAAGACCAGACUGAUCUGCGCCAGGGCCUGUAAUAAGCACGUGUCACUGUCACAACUCCUGACUACUCACGUGCCCACGGUUUGGGCUAUCGACCAAUAUCGGAUCUACAAGGAUGUAUUGGAGCGAUCUUGGGAGGUAGUAGACAAUGUAAACGUGUCGCUACGUCUCUGGGACACAUUUGGCGAUCACGAGAAGGAUCGACGUUUCGCAUACGGGAGGUCUGAUGUCGUGUUACUAUGUUUCUCCAUAACCAACCCCGUUUCCUUGCGAAACUGCAAGGUGAUGUGGUAUCCAGAGAUAAGGAGGUUCUGCCCGCAGACACCGGUCCUAUUGGUCGGAUGCAAAAAUGAUUUGCGGUACAUGUAUCGGGACGAAACUUAUCUCAGUUACUUCCGUGAUCGGAGUCCCUUCGUAAGGGCUACGAGGAAAAGCGAUCUGGUGAUGCCGGAUCAGGCACGGGCGGUAGCGCGAGAACUUGGCGUGUGCUAUUACGAGACGAGUGUUUUCACUUAUUACGGUGUGAACGAGGUAUUCGAGAAUUCGAUACGCGCCGCCUUGAUCGCGCGUCGUCAGCAACGUUUCUGGAUGACGAACCUGAAGAGGGUGCAAAGACCCUUGUUACAGGCGCCAUUCUGUCCGCCGAAACCAGUGCCGCCGAAAGUAUGCCUGGCUCCGAGUACCUAUGAGGAGAACAUGAAGAGCCUAUGGACGAAGCCGGUUCACACGGAUGUCACUCUGAUAACGAGUAACUGCACGUUUUUGGCUCAUCGGUGUUUGCUCGCCGCCGCCUCACCGGCGUUUCACCGGCUCUUCUCGAUGGAACUCGCCCAGGAACUCACACCGCGCAGCUCCAGCGAGUCCAGCAUGGUGAGCACUUUCGGCGAGGCCACCGUCGGUGACUUCAACGACGAUACCGAGUGCCUAAUUCGUAUCGAUCAAAGCAAACCCGCAAAAGUAUGGGAGCAACUUAAGCGACGAUCGAGUUUUCAAGUACUGCCGACCAUGGAUAAUCAGAGGAAGAGCAAUGGCGCGACGAGAGAUUUGAAUCAUCCUGCCUUCCAAAAUAUUCGUAUAUGUAUGACUGAAAAUGCGAAUGGAGUACAGCAGCCCAUGACCGUGAUCACGCUAUCGAAGCUGAUCACGCCACAGGCGAUGCAGCAGUGCUUGCAAUUCAUUUACACGGGCAGCUUGGACAAACGGUAUCACGAUCUACAAGUACGUUGGAUCGGUAGAAAUUGUCGUAAGAAAAAAGGUACAUUCGAGAAUGUAAGAAGACGCCCUUUGUUUUUGACCGCCGCGGAAGUAAUGCGCACAGCUCCUAUCGGGCUUCUACUGGAGAUCAGACAGGCGGCCGAAUUCCUCGAGCUACCGCAAUUGCUCAUGGUACUCGGUAGCAUACAAACGCGGGAGCAGUUUGUCAAUAGCGAUCUCAAUAACCGGUACAAGCAGGUGGUCAGACAACGUUUGGAAGAUAUCUGUCUGGAGCAAGGUCUUUUCGCUGAUGUCACAUUUGAGUUGGAUGACGGCAGCGUACCGGCUCACAAAGCGAUUCUCACUGCCCGAUGCGACGUGAUGAAAGCCAUGUUCUCUGGUGAUUUUCGCGAAAGCAGCGCAAAAGUCAUAGUCUUUCCUGGGGUUCGGGAGUACACAUUCCAUAAGUUACUCUGCUAUCUUUACACGGACGAGGUACCGGCAAUCUCCUCGGCCAGAUGCCUUAACUUAUUGGAACUAGCCAAUAGACUCUGCCUUCAACGAUUGGUGAACUUAGUUGAGAGCAGAGUGAUUGAGGAUCUUGAGCGGCUUUCGCAAAACGAGGGGAACGACGCCGUGGAAAACUGCCUGAGGCUGUUAGAGCCGUGCAAGCUGCAUAAUGCCGAUCAGCUGGCCGACUGGUGCAUGAAUCAUCUCUGCGUUAACUACAACAAACUGUGCAAAAUGUCGCCCCGCAGCGUGCGGCUGCUUCAUCCGGAGAACCAGGAGUAUUUGAACGAGCACCGGUGGCCGCCAGUCUGGUACUUGAAGGACUACGAUUACUAUCAGAAAUGUUUAGCGGAGCAAAUACGCGAAAACAAGCCGACGUUGAAGCGAAAUCGUAAUCAGUCCGGCUGCUUGUGUUUCUCGAGCUCGAGCAAAACCAGGCGGGAGGGUAAUACCGGGAACGGCACAAAGUCGACGACGUCGAGCGAGACGCCAGCGGAUCGGCCGCUCUUCGACGCCUCGACUGAGUCCGGCGAGCAAGCCGUAUGACAGGAACCAAGCGGCCUCAGCCGCUCCGUCAGAUUUAUCCUGGUACUACCUGUGCUCAUGGUCUUCAUAUGCACUAUUUUUACUAUUUUGAUACUGCUACAGAUUUAUACUUAAGCGGACUGCAAGACACCAAAGAGAUGCACGAAAAACACACACAUAAAAAAA